AUGCGCGGAAAGUUCUCCGCGCAGACGCGGGUUUGGCACGCAGCGACCGAGGUGCAGGAGGACGCGGGGCAGCAGGCAGGUGGGGGGAGCGAGGUGCGCGGUCGCCCGCUCCCCUCCGUCGGCGCAGCUUCCCCUGUACGGGGACCCGUGCGAAGGGCGGAGCUGCCUAUUGCGGGGAGCCUCGUUUUGGGGGGAGGCCAGGCGCAUGGGCACGGGCUGGUCGGGGGAGGCUGGGGGGGAGCAUGGGGGAUCGGCGGAGCGUGGGGAGGGGGGAUCGGCGGAAGCGGAGGCGUCGGGGGGAGCCUAAUGGCGUGGGUUUCCGCGGGGGUGGCUUGGGCGCAACGGCACGUGCUUUUCUUAGCAGCCUUGAUCCUGUUUUUGUACUCGUUAGUAGCUGUCUUUCACGCGUCUAACAGUCCCUCGGAUCCGCGGAUAGGGGGAGAUGGGUCCGCGGCAAGGCUCGCGGCUCUCCGCUCCCCUUGUGGUCCUUCCUCCGCGCAAGGCGCACAGCGCAGCGGUGCUUUAUCCUCGUUACAAGGCGCUGGCGCGUUCGGGCUGGGGCUGGGUCAACGGCAGGGGAUUCCUUCGCGCGUUACUGUGCCGCCCCCCCACCCGCUGUCCCGCUCCGUCGCGCGCGUGCUUCUUAAAGCCACCGCCGUGCUCUCCCUCUCCCAGAGCGUUCCGCGCGCCGUGCGGGUGGCGGGGCCUGGAGGGGGGGAAGACAACGGGGGAAGUAGAGGAAGAGGCCGGGGAGGCGGAGGAGGCGGAGGCGGAGGCGGACGGGGGGAGAUGGGGGGAGGAGAGGGAGACUGGCUAGACGAUACAGAGUCAGGUACACGCGGCCCGCAAUCCCAAUCGCAGCUUCACGCGGAAGACUCCCAAUCCCAAUCGGACGACUCCCCCGAAUCGCCGUCCGCGCGCCUCUCUCUGACCAUCUUCUGCGCGCCCAAGCCGUAUCUCACCGCCUCCCCCGCCUCCGACCCGCAGCGGCGCGCGCUGCUCUCGUGGCUGCGCCUCUCGCUGCGCCCCACCGUGGUGCUGCUAGGAAACGACUCGUCGUUCCACGCACUCGCUAAAGAGUUCCCCGGGAGAGUGGUUGUAGACGCGCGCGUUGACACAAAUUUCUAUGGCGUUCCGCUGGUGCAUUCCAUGCUUGCGCGCGCGCGCGCCGCGCCCACCAUGGUGUCGCUGCUCAUUAACGGGGAUAUACUGUUGCUGGAGGACGUUGUGCCGGCGCUUAGCAAAGUGCAGAGGACGUUUAAGAGCUGGGUGCUUACUGCCGCUCGGUGGGACGUGAGCGCGGAUUUCCCCUUUGCACUAGAAGCACGGGACGGGGGAGGAGUGGAGGGUGGCGGAGCGGGAGGAGGGGAAGAGGGGGAAGAGGGGGGUGGGGGCGAAGGGGAAGGUAUAAGGCAAGCGGCGGAAGGGGAGUGGCUGGUGAUAGGGGAAGGAAAUGGGGCUAGCACCGACAGCAGCAGCAGCAGCGGUGGUAAGAGGCGGAGUUACCUGGUGGGGAGCAGUGUGGUGGAGGCAGAGGUGAGGCGGUAUGUGCGGCGGCAGGGCAGCCUGCACACGUAUGGAGGCGUGGACUUCUGGGCUUGGAACAACUACGUGCAUGGCACUCGUGCUCGCAGCAGUAGCAGCAGCAGCAGCAGUGGGAGCAGAAGAGGCCUGAGUGAGGGGGGUAGUGACGGCGACUGGGAAGGAGGAGGUGGGAACAGGGCGGGCGGUGAGAGUGGUGGCAGCGGCGGCGACGGUGGUGAGGGUGGAGAGGGUGGAGAGGGCGGUGAGGAGGGCGGGGAGGGGAAGGACAACACGCCGCUGUUUGCAGGGGAGAUGCCACCGUUUGCAUUCGGCCGUGGCAAGUACGACAACUGGCUGACCCAUGAGAUCGUUGCAGCGGGGCUCAGGCAGAUGGUGGACGCCAGCGAUGCAGUCACGUCCGUCCACGUGGCGCAUUCUUAUUCGCAUGUGGUGUCGGGGGACGUGGCGGCGGCCAAGGCGGGGUUGAGUUUCUGGAGCACGCGCAAGCAGUCGAGCUGGGAGCUGUAUGCGAACAUUCACAUGUCGCAGACGCACGGGACGUACCGCAAUCAGAAGGGCACUGCGCUGCAUAUUCCCUGGCGCCUGCUCUCCUGCUUCGAUGCUGCUGCAUCCAACAUGUGCUUACAGCGGCGGGUGCGGCCAGCCAACUGCACGUGCGAGUACUCCUCCUUCGUGCCAGCCUCCCAGUCGGACCCGCGCUUUGUCUGUCGCCUGCGUUCCCUGGGCCUGGCCGACAACCUCCUAGUCGCAGCGCUCGACACCGAAAUGUACCGCUUUGCAUUCCUCCAAGGCCUCGCAGUAUACCUCGAGCCAGGCGCCUCCGCCUCCCUCGGCAAACAUGCCUCUCUCGGCACGGACGCCGCCUCUCCCUUCCGCGACUGCCCGUUUGGUAGUCCCUGCUUCCAGGCGUUUACCAAGCUCAAGUCCCAUGCAGUCCUGCGGGUGCUGAGAGCGGGCUACUCUGUGCUUCUGUCUGAUGUGGAUGUGGUUUGGUUUAAGGACCCGUUGCCGUACCUGCUGGCGUUUGGUCCGGGAACGCUGCCGAUCCAGAGCAACGAGCCGAACGCGAGCCUGCCAGGGACAGGCAUUCGGAGGAUCAACUCGGGGUUUUACUUUGCGAGGGCGGAAAAGAUGGUUGUAGAGGCGUUUGAGGCGAUUGUGAGGCACGCGGGGAAGACGAAGCUGUCGGAACAACCGAGUUUUUAUGACGUGCUGUGUGGGGCGCAAGGGGAGCUGGUGGUGCGGGAACUGAAGCAGAAGCAGCCGCAGCAGCAGCAGCAGCAGCAGCAGUGGUGGCUUGGCAGCAGUGGGAGCGGCGCCAGCAAGGAGCAAUCGGGGGGGUUGGAAGGAGCGAAUGCGGGGGAUGAAGAGUCGUGCAUCUGGAAGAAUGGCCUGCGCACGAUUCUCCUGAACCGGUCCCUGUUCCCCAAUGGGGCGGUUCAUAAGUUGUGGGAGCGGAAGAGUGUGGGGAGGGCGUGUCGGGCCAAGGGGUGUGUGGCGCUGCAUAAUAACUGGAUCACGGGGCAUGCGGAGAAGAGAGAGAGGAUGAAGCGGCAUGGGUUCUGGCACUAUGAUGUGGCACGGAGGAUGUGUGUGUGGCGGUGGCAUGAGGAGUAUGGAGGCGAGAGGGAGGAUGCUGAUGCUGAUGCGCGUGCUGCUGCUGGCCAUGCAGAUUCAAGGUGA